AUGGGAGCAUCGAGCAGCAAGAUCAAGGCCAGGCUGGAGGGUGCACCUGUGGUGGUAGUGGUGGGUGCUGGCUAUGGUGGCCUGGCGGUGGCCAAGGCUCUGGACAAGACCUUCAAUGUUGUCCUCAUUGACCGAAAGGCAUACUUUCUCCACAACAUUGGUGCUCUACGUGUGGAGGAUGGAUACGAGCACAAGAUCUGCAUUCCAUACUCCAACUUGCUCGACUACGGGCAUGUGGUGCAAGCCGAGGUGACGCGGAUCUCGCCCGGCGGGGUGUACGUGUACGGGCGGGACGAACCGAUCGACUUUGACUAUGUGGUCAUUGCGACGGGAACCUCGUACGCGUUCCCGUGUAAGAUUGCCGAGCCGGAGAUGGAGGACGCGACCGGGCAGUACACCGGUGUUCGCGAGCGGAUUGCAGAGGCGCAGCGGAUCACGGUUGUCGGCGGCGGGCCAACGGGCGUCGAGCUCUGCGGCGAAAUCAAGGAGACGCAUCCGGACAAGGAUGUGACGCUCAUCCACUCGCGUGGCGCGCUAGUGCCGGGCCCGCUCCGUGAUGCGUUCAAGAGCAAGCUGCUGGAAAAGGUGCAGAGCAUGGGGGUCGAGGUCAUGCUGAACGAGCGUGUCAACCUCAAGGAGUCGUUCUCAGAGCCCGAGGCUGUGUCGGCUAACUUUGUGCCCGGCACACGCCAGCUGACGCUCGAGUCUGGAGCGACGAUGGAGACGGAUCUUGUGUUCUUCUGCAUGGGAGCGCACGUCAACUCCAAGUCGUACGAGGCCGACUUUGGCGGUGUGAUGAACGACGACGGACGACUGCGGGUCAACGAGAACCUGCAAGUCGAGGGCUUUACCAAUGUCUUUGCACUUGGCGAUUGCAACGAUGUGGCGGAGAUCAAGCUCGGAUACGCGGCACAGAACCAGGCGACGGUUGUGGCCAAGAACGUGGCGGCGCUGCGAGCUUCCAAGGCGCUCAAGGCGUACACGCCGGGCCACCAUGUUAUGAUCGUGACAGCCGGACGCAACGGCGGCGUGGCGCAGCUGCCGGUACCUGGCGGCAAGGUCAUGGGAUCGCGGUUUUCAGCUAUGGUCAAGUCCAAGGGUCUCUUCACUGCCAACCAAUGGAAGCUCCUGCGGCAGUCGUUGAAGGAUGCGGCUGGGCCGUCGGGCGGCGACGAGGAUGUCGAGCCGGAUGCCGUCCCGCGCCUUGCGCAGGCCAUGCAGAUUUCCGAGGAAGACGCCGAGGAGCUUCUCCGCGGGCUUCCGGUUGGCGAUCACUCGGGCGAGUCGUUUACCUAA